AUGUCGACCUACCAUACCAUCUCGCCCUUGAGCCUCUCUCCAGAGCCCGUCUCCGCUCUGGCAUUCGAUCCGUUCUCAGAUACCCUUUGGUCGGGCUCUGAAUCUGGUAUCAUAUCAUGCUACAAUGGAAUUGAACCGUCCAAUGUUCGGUACCCGUUGGUCUCGAAUCCCUUGCCCCCUGCUGGGAUAAAGAGAAUACUUGUGACGGAUAGGGAGAUUCGUAGUUUCAGCAGCGCGGGUGUUGGAGGAAGGAGUCGAGGUGGUAUAAGUCGGUGGUUCUACAGGUGCGAACCACAUUUAUGGUCUAUGUUGCCGUUGUCUGCUUUCGCGAAUCACCCCACGUCGUCCACCGGAGCACUGCUCGCCACAGCGAGCGCAGUUCAGGAACUGUCCUUGCCGGCGGAGACCAUCUCCCGCCAGAUCCCGACAACCGCCCCCGUCACUCAGAUGCGGACAUCCUCCAGUGGGCUUCUUGUCACCGGUGCUACUGAUGGCUAUCUCCGAACGUACGAUGUUCGUCACCCUCGCGGACAUGUAUACAGCUCGGCCGACGUCAAGGCGCAUAAUGGGGCUGUACACUGUCUUGAAACGAGCGGGAACUUCACGUUUUCUGUUGGGCUGAACAUGAGACAAGGCAGGCCAUAUCCAGAACCGUUAGUCAAACUGUACGACUUGCGGAAUCUUCGACCGUUAUCGCCAAUUCCUUUCUCAGCUCCAGCUUUUCUGAAUGUGAAUCCAAAUCGACCAACCAUGCUCUUUGUCACUUCGAGCACCGGUCUCAUUCACAACGUGGACAUAGGCAACCCGAAUGACAGCGGAGAGUUCUAUCAGCUCGACAUUGCAUCCUAUCUGACAGCGAGCGCAAUAUCCUCAAACGGAACAUACGUUGGCUUUGGGGAUGCCGAAGGUCUUGUACAUCUGAUCACGUCAACCGCCAAUGACGAACGUGUGCCGUUUAAUGGACCCAACGGCGUCCCCGGUGAAGCUCCAGAUGCCACCGAGCCGCUUCCGGAGAUACAUUGGGACAAUAGCACUCCCUUAAACAUGGUUGGAAUGCCAUACUACAACACUCCGCUUCUUUCAAGGCUAACGACAACGUUUGCUCCCGAAUUUGAGUCGUUCUAUCCUCCACCCAAGAUUCCUGUCCAAGUCCUCUCAUCGAUGAAAAUCGUAGAUUUCGUUGGCUGGGCGUCCCUGCCCCGGGACCUCCGAGGACGGCGCAACGUGGUUGCCAAGAAGGACGACAUCAAGCAAGGAAAAUUCAAGAGUGAAAGAGCCAGACGCGGCGGUGCCGACAUUCCAAAGCAUUACAGACGGGUGGAUAUCGAAUACUCCCAUUUCGGCGUCGAGGAUUUCGAUUUUGAACGGUAUAAUCGAACUCCUUACAGCGGCCUGGAGACGCAUAUACUGAAUUGUUACUCGAACGCAUUACUACAGAUGCUGUUCUUUUCCGAUUGUAUUCGCAAAGUUGCUUUGUCUCAUAUUGCAUCACCUUGCCCUCGCGAGCAAUGCCUUCUUUGCGAAGUUGGGUUCCUCUGCAAAAAUCUGGACGAUGCGAAGGGAGUCAACUGUCAUUCUGGCAACUUCUGCAAAUCUUUGAGCACGUUCCCACAGGGUCAGUCAAACGCCCUAGGCCUCGUCGAGUCUGACUAUCAGGAUAAUACAACGGAUUAUGGGACCCUCAUUCAAACAUUCCAGCGAUUUCUUCUUGAUCAAAUGGCGGUCGAAUCGGAUAAGAAGCCAGAUAAGAACCCUGCCUUGUGCAAGGACUUGCGUGGGGAGCCCUUGACUACGCCUUCUAUAUCUCAACUGACCGGCCUCAAUACCACCACGGUUGCCACAUGUAUGCAAUGCCGAGCGACUAGCACUAAGGAAGGGGUUUCCCAUGCCAUUGAUCUUGUUUACCCUCGCAAGGGCCUUUCUACCGAGCCGUCUCCUGCCAACGACUUCGAAUCGAUUCUCUCAUCUUCCCUCAGUCGUAACAUGACGUACAAAGCGACUUGCCCAACCUGUCGUAAUGUGACGAUCAGCGGAUCUAGACGUGUUCUCCGUGGUCGAAGCUUACCCCCAAUACUGGCCAUCAAUGCUGCCGCACAGUCCGCCGACAAUGCGGCCUACUGGGCAGACGGUCGCAAAGGCGAACGAUUCUUGACGAGCACCGUUACUGCUAAGAUGGAAAGCAUCUUGGAAGAAGGUGGCGACGUAAUUCAGGUGGAAGUUGAAUAUGAGCUCCGCGGCAUCAUCGUGCAAGUGAAAAGCGACAAAGAAACUUCUCACCUGGUCGCCUUAAUGAAGGUGCCCGAUAGCCAGGCCAGGGAGCCGACAGAGAGUCCCUGGUACAUUUUCAACGACUUCUGUGUGCACAACAUCCCUGAAAGUGACGCACUCGGCUUCCCUGGCCCAUGGAAAGUGCCCACAAUUUUGUGGUUCGAACGCAUAGACACAGAUGCUGUAGUUGACCUCAGCACACUGCCAAUGAAUGUAGACGCCCAUAUCCUCACCGAGGAUAUCUGCCUCUCGUGGCAUCGUGACCCCAAGAAGAUCAUGCACGAGAUUUUCACGUGGAAUGAGAUUCCAACACCUGGAACCCUUGUGGCUAUCGAUACGGAGUUUGUCCAGAUGCAGAAGGAAGAAGUUGAGGCACGGUCAGACCAAUUCCGCAAAGUGCUGCGACCCAAUCAAUUUGCCCUGGCUCGUGUUUCAGUGGUCAGGGGAGACGGUCCGAAAGAAGGAGUGCCGUUCAUCGACGACUAUGUUCAGGUAUCUGAGUCAGUUUACGACUAUGUAACGCAGUUCUCGGGCAUUGAGCCCGGCGACCUGGAUCCUUCUGUAUCCAAGCACACCGUUGUCCCUUUGAAGACUGUGUACCAGAAGAUUCGCCUUCUGGUAGACCUUGGCUGCAUUUUCGUAGGGCAUGGUUUGGCUCAGGAUUGGAGGAUAAUCAACAUGUUUGUGCCACCUGACCAGGUCAUCGAUACGGUGUCGUUGUACCACUUACGAAAGCGGGCGCGAAAGAUCAGUUUGCGCUUCCUUGCUUGGUUCCUCCUGAAAGGCAACAUUCAAACUGGAAACCACGACUCCAUCGAAGACGCUCGUACCGCGCUGAUGUUAUAUAAGGCAUACAUGGUGAUGGAGGGGGAAGGCAAGUUUGACGAGCUACUCGAUCGACUCGCGACGGAGGGCAGGGAGCUUGUGUGUCACAAGGGUUCUGUGUUUGUGGACACUGCUGAUGUCAUUUCUAGAACUUCAAAGUGCCUGAAGAAACUGCAACCCCUACCGUAG